AAAUUAAAACAUUUUUAAAGAAAAGAAAUAAUAUUAAUAAAAAAAAAAAAAAUGAACCAAAAACAAAAAUACAUUGAAAAAUUCCAAAAAAUAAAAACAAAAAACAUCGACAUAAUCGGAGUCUGUAUAAAAGAAGGACAAAACCUAACUGGUACUGAACUAGCUCCCGAUUGCUUACGAAAAAGUGGCUUAAAUUUAGUUUUAGAAUUUUUAGGCUGGAAAAUAAACGACCUAGGAAACAUCAACUUAGAAUCUUAAGACGAAGGAUAAGAAGUACAUACUAAAAUCGAAAAUAAGACUAAUUAAUCAUAAGAUGAUAAAUAAGACUUAUAACUAAAAUACUACACAAAUAUGAAACAUUCAGAAACAAUAGGAUAAGCAUGCUAAUAAUUACAUGAAAAAGUAAAAUAAAGUUCUCAAAAAAGUAAUUUUCCGUUAAUUUUAGGAGGAGAUCAUGGAAUAGCUACUGGUACAAUUUCUGGAAUGUUAGAAACUUAUGAAAAUUUGAAAGUUAUAUGGAUAGAUGCACAUGGAGAUAUUAAUUUACCAGAAACUUCGCCUAGUGGAAAUUAUCAUGGAAUGCCUGUGGCGCAUUUAUUGGGAUGGUUUUAGAAAAAAGUUAAAGGAUUUGACUGGCUAAAAUUUAAAUUAAAACCUGAGAAUAUUGUUUUUAUAGGAUUAAGAGAUCUAGAUGAAGAAGAAAAGGACUUAUUAAAUAAAAAUAAAAUUAAGUGUUUCUGUAUGCACUAAAUUGAUUAAUUUGGAAUUGGAGAAGUCAUGAAAUAAGCUUUUAAAUACUUAAAAAUAGAUGAAGAUUAGAAUUCGGCUUUACAUUUAAGCUUUGAUAUUGAUGCAGUGGAUCCUUCUUUUGCUCCUGGUACAGGUACAAAAUCUAAGGGAGGAUUAACUUAUAGAGAAGCUCAUUAUAUUUGUAGAAGUGCGGCGGAAAGUGGAAAAUUAGUUAGUAUGGAAUUGGUUGAAGUUAAUCCCAAUUUGGAAGAAGUUGAUCAUCAUUUAUUACAUUUACAUGGAGAUGAUAAAAAUAUUAAAGGGUCUAAAACUGUUGGAUUGGCUAUUGAGUUAAUUAAAUCGGCUUUAGGAUAUACUUUGCUUUGAAAUUAUUUUUGUUUUUUGCUAUUUUUUAUUUUUAUAUAAUGUUUUAUUUUUUUUAUUUCUAUGGUUUAUUUUUUUUCUAAUUUAUAUUUUAUUUUAUUAAUCUUUUUU